AUGGAUUACGAGAGGAUUUUGGUAGCACUAUGCUUGGCCUGGACUUUGGUUCAAUGCCUCCGUCUAUUAUUAGCAAAAAGGGGCAGCAGGAAGUUUCCCCCGGGGCUGUUCCCGUUGCCGGUGGUCGGAAACCUUCAUCACUUGCUUGGAGACCAACCCCACAAGUCCCUAGCCCGGCUAGCCCGAAAAUACGGUCCUGUUAUGAUGCUGAAAUUGGGCAUGGUAAACACAGUGAUCAUUUCUUCAUCCGCCAUGACCAGAGAAGCUCUACAAAAGCAAGACUUAGCCUUCUCCACCCGCUCAAUCCCUGACGUCCUGAGAGCUCGCAACCAUUGCCAAUUCUCUGUUAUUUGUCUCCCUGUCUCAUCCAAGUGGAGAACCAUCCGCAAGAUCAUGAAUUCCAACAUCUUUUCCAGCAGCAAGAUCCAAGAGCUUAUUACCUUCUGCCAAAACAACAGCCAGGCUGGGGAGGCCGUGGAUAUUGGCCGCGCAGCUUUCAGGACUACAAUGAAUUUGCUCUCAAACACCAUUUUCUCCAAAGAUUUGACCGACCCUUAUUCGGAUUCGGCCAAAGAAUUCAAAGAACUGGUUUGGAACAUCAUGGAGGGAGCUGCAAAACCCAACCUGGUUGACUUCUAUCCUUUUAUGGAAAAGUUUGAUCCCCAGAGAUCACAGCGUCGCAUGAGUGUUCAUAUCACUAAGGUGCUAGACCUUUUCACAGACUUGAUUGAUGAACGGCUGGAGGAGAGGAGAGUCAGCGGCAACAAAAACGUUGAUGUAUUAGAUACACUUCUCAACAUCAGCCAAGAAAAACCAGAUGAGAUUGAUAAUAAUACCAUAAUUAAGCAUCUUUGCUUGGACUUGUUUGCUGCCGGGACUGAUACAUCUUCAAACACAGUAGAGUGGGCAAUGACAGAACUUCUUACUAACCCUGAUGCUAUGACAAAAGCUCAAGCAGAGCUUGCAGAUGUUAUUGGCAAAGGCAGACUAUUAAACGAAGGUGACGUUACUAGCCUUCCAUACUUGCAAUGCAUCAUGAAAGAAACGUUCAGACUACACCCACAAGCUCCGCUCUUACUUCCACGUAGAGUUGAACAAGAUGUGGUCCUAUGUGGAUAUACCAUACCUAAGGACUCCAAGAUUCUAUUCAAUGUAUGGGCAAUGGGGCGGGAUCCAAGUAUUUGGAAAAAUCCAUUGAUGUUUAAUCCUGAAAGGUUUUGGAAUUCUGAAAUAGAUGUUAGAGGGCGUGAUUUUGAGCUUAUUCCAUUUGGUGCUGGUCGAAGGAUUUGCCCUGCAAUGCCAAUGGCAUUGAGAAUGGUUCCAAUAAUGCUAGGGUCAUUGUUGAACUCAUUUCGGUGGAAGAUUGAAGGUGACAUAGCACCAAAGGAUUUGAACAUGGAAGAGAAGUUUGGAAUUACAUUGGCUAAAGCUCAUCCUCUUAGAGCCAUCCCUAUUCCCUUGUAACAUAGUAGCAUGCCAGUUUUAUUCUCCAUCCAUAUAUAAUAGUUU